AUGAUAAAAGACAGCCUUUUUGAUUAUUCUAAACUCAAUCCAAUUAAAAAUGAAGGAGCAGUAAAUGGGGGGCUAUUUAUGCUUCAAUUUACAGCACUUACUAAAACAAUUAACACUGAAUUUUAUCAAAAAAAGUAUAACAUCGAUUUUAAAGGAAAUGGAUGCGAUAGAAAAGGAACAUGCAAGAUAGAGCUAACAUCAAAACAAGCAAAAGCGUUACUUGAGGAACCAUCUUCAUUUAACCUUUACUCCUUAGAUUACGAUUUUUCACAAAAGCCGCGUGAUUUUCCUACCUCAUUCAUAGUGCUUGCCUCUGAUGAUUGGAUUCCAUCAGAUUCUUCAAUUAGAUAUAAUUCAUUAAGUACUAACAUCUUUCAAGUUGAAAAUGUACAAAACAUAGGACAUUUACUUCGUGAUCCCCGUGUCGGACCUAUUUUCAAAUCUGCUCCACUAAAAUAUUUCAAUAGAUUCAACACCGGCCUCAUUCAGACUGGAGAUGCAGCUGGCACUCUUGAAGGUGAUAGCUACGAAAUUAAGAGGAAAUUCAAUGAUCUCGGUCUUACAGGCAAGAAUCAAAUCGUAAACUUGGUUGAUACUGGAAUUGAUGAAUUCCAUCCUUUCUUCUACGAUGAUAGGAUGCGUGCACCGAGAUCCGACGCAAACAACCUUAACUUCGAUCUCAACCAUCGCAAAAUUGUUUCGAUCUACAACGCAUCUGACUACAAAGACGACAAAUCUGGCCACGGCACACACUGUGCUGGUAAUAUACUCGGAAAGGCAGACUGUGAAACAUGCCCCAUCAACAAAUACCGUGGCAUGGCGCCAGAUGCCAAACUCUUUGUUGUAGAUGUCUCGAAAGUUGGUGAACAAGGUCUUUCCAUCGCAUUCAACCCAAUUACCAUGGCCAAGAACCUUUCUGAGAAGGUUGACAGCCACAUUUCCUCCAACUCUUGGGGAUCCUCCACUCCAAUUCCGCUCUUUUCUUACCUGUACGACCUCGCUGCAUCCACAGUCAGAGACUUCCUGUAUGUCUUCGCUGCUGGCAACGACGGCCAGGAGGGAGUGAUGACGAUUUCCUCUCCUUCAGACGCAAAGAACGUCCUCUCUGUCACAGCGUCCACAAUGCCUGAGGCCGCGCAGAAGAAGCUGUACCAGCUGAUGAACCUCUCUUUCGUCUCGUCUGAUGGAUAUGUCUCAGUCAGUGUCAACAAGACAGGAGACAACACCCUUCUCCUCCAGAACGAACUAGACGAUCCUUCAUGGAAGUGGUCGAACAUCAAACUCGCAGAGAUGUCAGACUUCGAGAACCUCCCUGAGACAGAGGCAAAGGGACGAGUAAUUCUUCUCGACUCAAUCAAGUUCACAGGAACUAACAGGAGUUACGUCGACAUCUGCGACGCUGCUCUCAGAUUCGACAGACUCGGCGCUGUAGGUGUUGUUUACAAUGGAACAAAGGCCAACAACUUCUGCCACCAUCUCGGCAUCAGCUUUGACAUUCCUGUCUUCUUCACACUUCACGGCGGAUUCGACGACCUGAUGAGAUUGUCAGAGAACGACACAACAGUCAGCCUCAAGAAAGUGUUAAACGAGAAGAGCAUGCUUAAGAUGGAGUCGGCGUUCUUCAGCUCAAUGGGACCAACAUUAAAGGGCCAGAACAAGCCAGACGUAAUACUGCCUGGAUUUUUCACAGUCAGUGCAGACUCAGGUGAUCCAGAGAUUGAGGAAAAGAGGUCACUCAAAUCUCUGAUCACAAUGAGCGGCACAUCCAUGGCAACACCACUCAUGGCAGGCACAGCCACACUGAUCAGAGACUUCUUCUCCAACGGAUACUACAGAGAUCUGAAGGAAGACAACUCAAGCAGUGUAAAGCCGUCGAGCGCCCUCUUGAGAGCAACUGCGAUAUCCAGUGCCAGAUCAAUCAGCAACAUGAUCACGCCAAACAUCAUUGAAGGAUUCGGAAUGCCAAAUCUCAACAAUGUCUUCCCAUUCGACAGAUACGAAGAAUACGGCUUCAGAUUCGUUGACAACGUUGUGAUAAAUCCGAAAGAGGCACACAACUACGAGAUACAAGUUGACAACGACAAGAGUGAUUUAACAGUUACUUUGUCGUACAUCGACCCAGUUCCAGACAUGCUAUCUCUUGGUGAAAACGCACAGCUUCUAUACAACGCUCUUGUAGCUGAUUUGGACCUUUCAGUUGUUUCUCCAUCAGGAAAAGUCUUCAGACCUAACUCCAACGCUGGAGAUUUCCUGAACACAAACGAGAGAAUUAUCAUCGAUAAGGCGAAGGUCGAAGUCGGCAAAUACAAGGUGUUCGUGACUGCAAACAACUACGAAGUAUACGACCAGAAACCUUCUUACGCAUUGACAGUAACUGGAGGCUUCCCUCACAAAGACUUCGCCAAAUUCGACCUGAAGAAGACUGAGAAAUCAGAGUGCUCAUACUGCAACGGUGAGUGCCAGAGUGGCUUCUGCAAGUGCAACAGCGCCGACUUGGCUGGAACAUACUGCGAGUCGAGAGUCAGCGAUGUCCAGCUGAAUAAAGUAGUCAGCGACAAGUUGACGAAAGGAAAGAUCAAUUACUACAAAGUCACCUUCUCGAACAAAGCGAACUCACACCCACCAUUCAUGCAGUUUAUUAUACAGGAUUUGGCAUUCCUUAUUGUCAGCGAUCAGCCGAUCAAGAACCUGUUUGAGCAUGGCCAGGAAACAAUUCCAUUGGUGGACAAGCAGACUCUCAUUCCACUCAAUGACAAAGUGUCGACUGUAUAUAUGGCCAUGUACACAGUUAUCAAGUCUCAGAACAUACAGUUUGCAUGCUUCGGUGGUGAUGGAAAAUUAUCUUCACCAGUUGCAUCAAAUUCAUUGGUCUGGGUUUCAUUUGUUUUCUCUGCUCUCGGACUUGUUAUUUUGUCUUUCGCUCUUUACCUUAUCAAGUGCAAGAAGAACUACAAUCAGUUUAAUGAUAAUGAUAACGAACCUAAUGUUUUAACAGUUUAA